CCCCCUUUGUAACAUCUUCACUCAAAGGUGCUCUCUCGCUCGGCUCCUUUGUCAUUCAUAGAUUUUAUAUGUACUAAUACUGCAAAUUUGAACAUUCCAAUUCCAUUUCAUUUCAUUUCAUUCUCACGUUUCAAACACUUGCUUCCGAUUCAUUCAGAUCUAUCUUCAUCUAUCCAAAUCCAAACCAAAUCUCCGUUUCUCUCUUUUCAAAAUUUUCUCCAAAUCUCGCGGGCAGAUCCAUCAAUCACCAUGGAUUUCAUGAAGGUCAUCGAUCAAACCGUUCGAGAAAUAAAGAGGGAGGUGAAUUUGAAGGUCUUGAAGGUUCCAGAGAUGGAACAGAAGGUUCUGGAUGCAACGGAUAAUGAACCUUGGGGUCCUCAUGGCACUGCCUUGGCAGAGAUAGCACAGGCCACAAAAAAAUUUACUGAAUGCCAGAUGGUUAUGAGUGUUCUGUGGACAAGAUUGGCAGAGACUGGCAAGGACUGGCGCUAUGUCUAUAAGGCAUUGGCUGUCAUAGAGUAUUUGGUGGCACAUGGAUCUGACCGUGCAGUUGAUGACAUUAUAGAACAUACUUUCCAAAUCUCUUCACUCUCAAGUUUUGAAUAUGUUGAGCCAAAUGGGAAGGAUAUGGGAAUAAAUGUGAGGAAGAAGGUGGAAAGCAUUGUGUCCCUUUUGAAUAAUAAGGAAAAAAUACAAGAAGUUAGAAAUAAAGCUGCUGCAAACCGUGACAAGUACGUUGGACUUUCUUCUAGUGGAAUAUCAUUCAAAUCAGGUCCAGCUUCAUAUGGUAGUAGCAGCUAUGGAAGUAGUGAUUGGCGUGGAAGUGGUACAAGAGAUGGUGAUAGUUUCAGGGACAGUUAUAGAGACAGGGAUCAAUAUGGAGAAGAGAAGUAUGAGAAGAAAUCAAGUCGUGGGGCCAUCAGUGAGAAUCAGGGAAAUGCUUAUAAGAAAGGUUCUACACGCAAUGGCAGUAAUGCUCAAGACAAAAUAUCCUCUAGGGCAUCAAAGUCAUCAACUAAAUCAAAUGCCUUUGAUAAGUAUGGUUCAAUUCCCUCUCAAAGUUCAAGUGCCCCUUCAAAUAACGAGGAUGAAUUUGAUGAUUUUGAUCCGCGUGGAACUUCCAAUACUAAGGCUUCUGCUGGAAGCUCUAACCAGGUGGAUCUGUUUGGAGAAAGUUUGGUUGGUGACCUCUUGGAUGCUCCAACAUCUGUUCCCACAGAAAAUCCUGCUGUGAAUAGCAGUUCAUCAGAGGUUGAUCUAUUUGCAGAUGCAGAUUUUGUAUCAGCAUCACCCCAUGUAGAUAAGGCACAGACUGAGGUUGAUCUAUUUGCUUCCCAGCCGGCAAUGACUCCGUCAGUAUCUCCCACAGUUGAUCUUUUUGCGGUCCCUGAUCCAGUUGUGCGGGCAGAAGUUAAAGCUCCAAAUCCUGCACCAACAAAUAUUGACAUUGUUGAUCCCUUUGCUGCUGUUCCGCUUAACAAUUUUGAUGGAUCUGAUUUAUUUGGUGCAUUCACUUCUCAAUCUGAUUCAGUAUCUUCAGAACCCGCAAAGAAUGAUGUCAUUGAUGGAAGCCUUAAUAAUUUGGGUGGAAAAUCUUCAGUAGAGACUCAACCCAAGAAGGAUGCUUUCCAGGUGAAGUCUGGAAUUUGGGCAGAUUCACUUAGCCGUGGACUGAUUGAUCUUAAUAUUGCUGCUCCCAAGAAGGUAUCCCUGGUAGAUGUUGGCAUUGUGGGUGGAUUAACUGAUGGAUCAGAUGAAAGGGAAAAGGGGCCCCCAACUUCAUUUUACAUGGGGAGAGCAAUGGGGUCGGGAUCGGGUCUUGGUAAAUCUGGGUUCACAUCUUCACAGGCAGUGGGUGAUAACGACAUCUUCUCAAGCCUUGGUGGCCAACAAUACCAAUAUGGUGGCUUCCAGAAGUGAUGUUUUUCCUUCCUCAUUUAUGCUCUCUCUCAUGUUUUCUUUCAAUAUUCCUUUGUAUAAUUGGCAGGUUAUUGGAAAUCAUUGAACAUUUUGGGUUUGUUUAUAUAUUAUUAUAUAUACAUUGAACAAUAUUAAGAUCUGAGAAUGUAUGACCGAUUGCAACA